AUGGCUCUAGUAAGGUGGGAUUGUAUAAAGGACAAACAGCAUAAUCUAUGGCUUUGGUGGGAAAAUGCCACUCAGUCUACCACAAAAGACCAUGGACCGGAUAGGAUUAAUCUCACCAUAAAUAUCUUUUGGCAAUUCUGGAAAGCACGCAACAAAAAAGUUUUUGAAGAUGGAAGCCUGAAUCCACACAGAAUUGUUAUGAAGGCACAAGAGGAAUGGAUGGAAUAUGAGCAGGACGGGCCAAGGAAUUGUGGCAAGAACUGGAAAGGAAUGAUCAUGCGAGCAAAAGGAAUAGUCAACCAAUACAAGGGAGCAGCAAGCAAGGAAGAAGCUCUGGCAAUCAGGAAUGCAAUGCUGAUGGCUAAACAUGUAGGAUGGAAUAAAAUAAUAGUCCAUUCUGAUAGCAAAUCAGUAGUAGACCAGAUAAAUAGAAGCAAUGACUAUGAUUUUAACAUUGCAACUAUUCUGGAAGAUGUGCAGGAACUUAGAGCACAUUUUGAAAGAUGUAGGUUUGUGUUUAUACCUAGAUCAAAAAAUGAAAUCGGCCAUGCUUUAGCUUAA